UCUAAACUUAUCCUCACAUUACGAGUAGAAGACAACAAAACCCACAAAUCAAAGACAGGAUGAGCUCAAACAACACAAACGCAGUCUACGUGCUAGGCGUGGGCAUGACCCAGUUCCUCAAACCACGCCGCACCCGCGAAUACCCUGAGCUCGGAUACGAAGCAGGUAUUAAAGCUAUGGUCGACGCGCAGAUCACCUACGACGAUGUCCAAACUGGUAUCGCAUGUUAUUGCCUCGGAGACAGCACCUCUGGCCAACGGAUCUUCUAUCAAUUCGGCAUGACCGGUAUCCCCAUUUACAACACUAACAAUAACUGCGCAACUGGCUCGGCUGGCCUACAUCUCGCUCGCACUUUGGUGCGGGGUGGUGCUGCAGAUUGCAUUCUGGUUGUCGGGUUUGAGCAGAUGCGACCUGGUGCCAUUAAGAGUGUGUGGGAUGAUCGGCCAAGCGCUGUAGGGCCUUCCACGAGGCUGAUGGAGGAGGUUUAUGGCAAGGAUCCUGCGCCGCGGAAUGCGCAGUAUUUCGGAAAUGCAGGAAGGGAGUAUAUGGCUAAGUUUGGAGCGAAACAGGAAGACUUUGCGGAGAUUGCACGCAUUUCGCACGAGCAUUCCCAGAGGAACCCAUAUGCUCAAUUUCGCAAGGCAUACACACUGCAGGAAAUCCAAGAUUCAGGCACCAUCUAUGCUCCAUUGACUAAGUUGCAGUGCAGUCCUACCAGUGACGGUGCGGCCGCCGCUGUUAUAGUAUCCCAGCGAUUCUUAGACGCGCGCCCUCAUUUGAAGUCCCAGGCCAUCCUUAUUGCCGGACAGCAGUUGGUGACUGAUGGGCCGGAAGUGUAUUCACGAAGCGCAAUCGAUUUGGUAGGUUUCCACAUGAGCAAGCAGGCAGCCGAACGUGCCAUGGCGGAAGCCGGUGUUACACCUAAGGAUGUCAAGGUCUGUGAACUACACGACUGCUUUUCGGCAAAUGAACUUCUCCUUCUGGAUGCCCUCGGCUUCUCAGGCCCCGGUAAAGCUCAUGAGAUGGUUCGCCAAGGUGACAUCACAUAUGGUGGUCGGGGACCCGUCAUCAACCCUUCAGGUGGUCUGAUAUCCAAAGGUCACCCCCUGGGAGCCACUGGAGUGGCACAGUGUGCUGAGCUUACUUGGCAGUUACGUGGAUGGGCUACCAAUCGGUUAGUCAGGGAUACCAGCGUUGCCCUGCAGCACAACCUAGGGCUUGGUGGUGCGGUAGUAGUAACAGUGUACAAGCGCGCCGACGGUCAGAGUAACCCGGUCCUCUCAGAUGAGGAGGUCGUACAAAGGUCCGCACUAGGUUAUAAUCCGGCAGUUGAGGCGCGCUAUGUCAAACCAGAAGAUGGAGAGAAGGUCAGGAGCCGCAUUAAGCGCCACGACUACCCUCUGCAGGAGACCGUGGGUAAGCUCGCUGCACGCAUUUAAUAGCGUGUUCGAGUAGUCACUACUGGUCAGAAAGAUGCUGCGAAAUAUCAUAGUAGCGCUCAUUACCCUAGUAGUAAGGUUAUCGACGACCAUGAACAAUAAAGCUCUAAGUCCUUCUCGUUCCGAUAUUUUACACCAGCGAUCGACGUUAG